AAUUUAGCCUUGAAAAUCUUGUCAAAACCACAGCAAAAACACCGAGGCAAAACAUCUCCCCACCCCACAUUUUCUCUGCACUCCUGCUUUCAAUGCCAACUAUUUUGCUUAGGAUUUUCAUUCUUUACAACCUGCUCAACUCUUUCCUCCUCUCUUUGGUCCCCAAGAAACUUAGGUUCCUCCUCCCAACUUCUUGGUACCACCCCCACCAAGCCAAUACCAACACUUCUUGGUGCCACCACCACCAAGCCAAUACCAAUACCAAGAAACCCUCUUCUUUGCUGCCAUCUCCAUCUUUUGUUUUGACAAGAAUGGACCAAGCUGAGUUAAAGAGAGUUUUUCAAAUGUUUGAUAGGAAUGGAGAUGGGAAGAUCACCAAGAAGGAGUUGAAUGAUUCUUUAGAGAAUCUCGGAAUCUUUAUCCCUGAUAAAGAGUUGACUCAGAUGAUUGAAACGAUUGAUGUCAAUGGUGAUGGUUGUGUGGAUAUUGAUGAGUUUGGUGAAUUGUAUCAAUCACUCAUGGAUGACAAAGACGAGGAGGAAGAUAUGAGGGAGGCUUUUAAAGUUUUUGAUCAAAAUGGGGAUGGUUUCAUCACCGUUGAUGAGCUGAGGUCUGUUUUGGCAUCACUUGGGCUUAAACAAGGCAGGACUUUAGAGGACUGUAAGAGGAUGAUAAUGAAGGUGGAUGUUGAUGGUGAUGGAAUGGUUGAUUACAAGGAGUUUAAGAAGAUGAUGAAGGGUGGUGGCUUUAGUGCUUUGGGUUAAUCAUAUGCUCAUAUUUCACUAAUCUUUAUUAUGGGUGUAAAUAGUUUGGACAUCAAGAAAGAAAGAGUGGUGAUCAUCAGACAGGAUCAGCUUUACAAAGCGUUUCUGCUGCGAAUCAAUAUCACACGGUUACAGCAGUCGAUCAUUGACACUUGCUGGCAUGAGGCAAAGCAAAGCCAUCAAAGUUGAGCCUGACGGGGGUUGGAACUCUAGAGUAGGCAAUUUGUUUUGGGGUUUUACUAGUUUUUUGAAAUCUUUCUGAUUGGCUUGGUGGGUGGUUUCAUUGUUCUUCUUGGCUAAAUCCUACAUUAUUUAUCGUUGUUUUUAUGUUAUGUGAUUUUUUGUAGCAUGCUGCUAUUUCACUA